AUGGCGACAAAAUCAAGCAAUGUUGACCGAAUUGCGGUUGUACAACUAUUGAUCAUCAUGCUAGCUCGAGCUCUCUUUGGUGCCCUAGUUUGUUGUAGUGCUAUUACUACUGCAAAGGUUGUGGAUAGAAAAACGAAGCUGACGAAAAGUGUCGAUGAGUCUCAAGGCAAGAAAAUCUCACAUUUCUCCGUUGAGGUUGAAGGUGGUGAUCAUGUGGGUCGAGUUCUAGUUGGUGGUUAUAGUAAUGAAAAAGAAUCAGAGGGAACAAGUUACCACAAAAGUGGUGACUUGGGAGGAAUUAGGCCCAACCAAUUAGGCGGCAAAUAUAUUGGCUGGGGAAUGGGCGGUGGGAUGGGUGGUGGAAUAGGAUUUGAUAAUGGGUACAACCGCCUCCAUGAAGGAAUACAUAGAGAUGAGAGCCAUAAUGGAGGAUCAUCCAAUGGUGGCGGUUCAAAGGGGAAUGACAAAGACAAUGAUGAUAAUAGUUCCAAGGGCAAUAACAAAGGUGGCAGUUCAACGUGGAAUGAUAAAGACAAUGAUGAUAAUAGUUCUAAAGGAAAUAACAAAGAUGACAAUGAUGGUAGUUCCGGGUAUGAUGAUUACUAUUGCGGAGGUGGUGGCGUCGGAAGUGGUGGUGGUCGCGGCGGAGGUGGUUGGGGAUAUUCAUAG